GAGGGAAGGGAAGGGAAGGGAAGGGAGGGAGGGAGGGAAGGGAGGAAGAGACGCUAGUGGAAGCCCGGCGCGUAAUGCGGAGCGCAGGAGCGCGACUCCUUCGGCGCGCCUUGGCACCGGCCGGGAGGCGGCGGAUCGUGGCCGGAGAGGGGCUGGGAGGCUGAGCAGGACCCCCAGGCCGAGGACUGGAGGCGAGAGAACCGGCGGUGGGGAGGGGGAGAAAUAAAACCCAGACGGAAAAAAUUGGAGAGCCGGAGAGACGCGCGCCCUGCCUCGCCAAAGCGUCUUGGGCUCCGCGUAGGAUGAGGCCAGAUCUGAGCAGAGACCCUGGGAUUCUCGACCCCCUAGGCCGGAAUGAGGGAAACCCGGAUGGCAAAUUCCAGCUGGGGAUGUCAUAAAGACUUCCUCCAUCUUAUGGGAGGCUGACAUGUUUUCUUAAAACGGGUUGGAUUUCCUCACUUGGGGAUUUCCUUUCUGGCAUCCUUGGAGAGUUCCCCCACCCCGCCGAUACGCGACUCCUCUCCGGUUUCGUACACCCCCUCGGCUGCAAUGAACGGGCUCUCCGUCAGUGAACUCUGCUGCCUUUUCUGCUGCCCGCCCUGCCCCGGCCGCAUUGCCGCCAAGCUGGCCUUCCUCCCGCCCGAGCCAACGUAUACCAUGGUCCCUGAACCGGAUCCCGCUGGGAACGCCUCUCCCCGAAGUGGGACCAUGACCCGCUGGCAGCUCCACCUAAUGGACCGGGCCGAUUUCCAGUACACGCAACGGGAACUGGACACCAUUGAUGUGUUUGUGACCAAAAGCGGCCGAGGGAACCGGGUCAGCUGCAUGUACGUCCGGUGCGCGCCAGGAGCCAGGUUCACCGUACUUUUCUCACAUGGGAAUGCUGUUGAUCUGGGCCAGAUGUGCAGCUUCUACAUCAGCCUGGGCACCCGGAUCAACUGCAACAUAUUCUCCUAUGACUACUCGGGCUACGGCGUCAGCACUGGGAAGCCGUCGGAGAAGAACCUCUACGCGGAUGUUGACGCGGCUUGGCAGGCCUUGAGAACUCGAUAUGGGAUCAGUCCAGAGAAUAUUAUCUUGUAUGGGCAGAGUAUUGGCACGGUGCCCACGGUAGACCUUGCCUCCCGUUACGAGUGUGCGGCCGUCAUUUUGCACUCGCCCCUCACUUCCGGCAUGCGCGUGGCUUUCCCAGAUACCAAGAAGACUUACUGCUUUGAUGCGUUCCCGAACAUUGACAAAGUUGCACGGAUCACCUCCCCGGUCCUUUUCAUCCACGGCACGGAAGACGAGGUGAUUGACUUCUCCCACGGCUUGGCUCUUUAUGAACGCUGCCCGAAGGCCGUGGAGCCGCUCUGGGUGGAGGGCGCUGGCCACAACGACAUCGAACUCUACAGCCAGUACCUGGAGCGCUUGCGGAAGUUCAUCUCGCAAGACCUGGCUGGGCAACACAACUGAGCCACCCCCCAUGUCUGCCCCCCAGGCCCCCCGCUGCUCGUUCCCCCCUUCUUUCCAGUGACAGACCCGGGCUCUCAAUCGGGAAAGGGCAAAGCGGGUUUCCAGGGAAGACAAGAAGGGAAGAAGGCUCAGGGGGGCUUUCAAAGGGAAGGCGCCUUCAAAGCUGUAAAACGCCGUAACCCUCUGGAGUGGCCGCCGGGCCCUUCCAGGUAGGUCUUUUUCCAUCGUUCCCAGCCAGGCCUCAUCACAGCGGCUGCCAUUUUCGAAGGAUGAUGAUUGUCCCGCGAUGACGUGCCCAGGGAUGGCCUUGGGAUGUCCGCUGGGUGAAACUCUGGAAGAUUUUUGAGCAUCGUUGCAGGGUUUUUUUUUAUUUUUAAGGAGUCUUUCUUGGGCUGCGGCACCUCUCAUCCUCCGUCUCUCAUGGUCCUGUGUCCGGAUCCCAUUCCAGGAAUGUCCCACAUAUCCCUUAAAAAGCAAUAAGCCAUGGGCUGGGUGGGGUGAGCCAGAUGGGCACUACAGCGAAUAAAGCAACGGGUACCUUUG